AUGAACACCUCUUCAUCGUCUUCCCCUUUCGAUUCGUUCAAAUCAAAGAAAUCGCCACAUGCGUCGAUCGCCGUUACGCCGAAUGAGAGCGCGUGGAGCUCCAAAACGCCUGAAAAACCAACAAAUCCACCGCGAGUGCAUCUCACGCGCAGCCAGCGAUCGCUCCGGUCUGUCAGUCAAGUCCGUGAAGCUGCCAAAAAGCUCAUGAAAUCGGAUCCGAAACCUUCCGUUUCUUCAGAUCUGGAAAUCGGAUCCGAUAACAAACCGAUAACUCCGAAGCCACGCGCGGGCACAUCAAUUCCAGAAAAGUAUGAAAUUUUGGAAAAGAUGUUCAACAGCUUACAAUCAUCAAUCAGGCUUCUUAAAUUAAAAAAUUCGACAUCGACAUUCGCCAACAUCAGCCGAAAAGUCGAAAGCUUAGUAGACAGGAGGUUUAGUUAUAGUCAUUUAGCCCAAAUCAAGUUUAUUUUGCCGGAGGCUAUUGAGAUUAAGAAGAUUCUUGUUCGUGAUGAGCGUACUAGUUGUAUGAAACCGGAUCUUCUUGUGAGUUUGGAUUUUGGUGUUGUUCAGAAUGAUGACAAGAUGAUGAUGAUGGACUUGGGUAAUGCGAAUAUUCGGUUGACCAAGUUGUUUCGAUCUCGGCUAGUCAAGUUUUGUAAAUCGAAUUCCGAGGGAACUGAAGUUCCAGAGGAGGAUUUACCUGAACCAUUCAAUCAAUCGAGCCAAAUGACAUUGUCUAAUGUAAUUCAAAAGCCCAAAUUGGGCUCUGUUCAGGAUACAACACAUACACUUUCUGAACAGUUACCUGCAGUAGCAUCUCAUAUGCCUCCAUCUUUCAAGAGACGCUUUUCAAAGCUAGCUUCAAGCCAAAAUGUUGUUAGCUUAGAGCCAAAAUUGCAGGGACUGACUGAAUCUCCAGGCCAGAAUGUCAAUACGGUUUGCAUUCUUUCAAAGCAAGAUAGCCCCACCAAAGUAGAUUGUGUAGCAACCGCCCCAUCCACGGUAAAAUGGUCUGCAAAGUUACCUGAAACUCCAGUCAAGAACUUUGAUUUUGAUAAAAAGGGGGAUCUUUCCAGUGAUGGAACCCCUGCAAAGCUUAUUUUGACACCAUUCAGUGCUACGCCUGCUCAGACUACACGAACACCAGUAAGGUGUUUUAUGACCCCAGAUGAUGAAUCAAUGAUGUCUCCUAGUAAGUCAGCGCCUAGCAAGUUGACCAGACGUUCAAGUGGAAGAAAAUCACUAACAUUCGACACUCCUGUGAAGAAUAGAGCUCCGGUCAAAAGGGUAUCCGUUGAUGAUGAUGAUGAUGAUCUUCGCGAUAUUCUUUCAGAAGAUCUCAUCAAGUCGAUAAAAGAAAAAGAACGAAAAGCAAUAGAGGAGAAGGAUCCAGCAAUCACACAAGCUAAAUGGAGGAAACAAAUGCUUGCGGCUUUACCUAAACUCUUUGACAUUCUUCUGUUUUACUUUCAAUCAAUCAACCGUUCGGUCAUCACAAAAGAAGAGCUUAUGCACAUGAUAAUUUCAAGCCAAUUGGAAAUUGUUGACCGACGGGAAGUUGAUGAGCAGCUCAGAUUGUUACAAGAGCUAGCUCCUGAGUGGAUCUGCGAGAAAAUGGCAUCCACUGGUGAUCUUCUGCUCUGUGUUAAUAAAUUAUCAAGUCCGGAGUUGAUACGCACAAGAUUAUCAGAAGCUAACUAAGAGAGCCUCUAACUUAAAUUAGACUGUCAGAUUAGUUAUACCAAAUGAGUUCUCUUAUAUAACGCAUAUUAGUCGUGGUGAUGCUUUUAGGUUUUUGGUUCAUCAGUUUCCAUGUACAGUCUCUUUUUUGGUGCUAAUACAGAAGUCUAGUUUGAUUACACCGCAGUCUUUUAUGACUUUGUAGAUGCUAGA